AUGAUUUUUCAAUAACUAAAAAUUACUUUACCUCCUAUUGGUUCUUAAGAAAUCGAGAAAUCAAUAUAGAAAAGAAUGGGAGAUUGCUUAGAGACAUAAUUAGGAUUUGAAUAUGAGCCUUUUACUUUUCAAUAUUUAGAAUUACACCCCGAUUUGGUUACUAUUAAAAAUCAAGUAUACAAACUUAUAGUUAUAUAUGCAGAAAAUCGAACAUCAUCCCAUUGAGGAUUAAUAACAUGUAUAAACAGCAUUGGGAUGCUUUAGUAAAGAAAAUAAGAUACGCUUAUUCUUAAGUGAAAACAUCAAUGUUUUGCAACGAUUAGUGAUUAUAAUGGUGAUUGUAAAUACUAUAGCAUUUUGUUUAUAUGACUAUUAAAUUAGAGAUAGUGUUAAUAAUUUAAGUAACAGGAACAUAGCUUCGAUAAUAAUUGAAACAAUAUGCAAUGUAUUUUUUGGGAUUGAGAUAAUUAUUCAGUGUAUUUGUUAUGGAGCUAUAUUUGGGAAAGGAACAUAUCUAAGAAAUAUUUGGAGUUGUUUAAACUUUCUAACUUUCGUUUGUACAUGGUCAAUUUAUUUUGAUUAGUCAAUUACAUUCAUUUAAUUGUUAAGAGUUAUUCGUUUAUUAAGAUUAGUGAGGCUUUUGCAAGAAAUUCAUUAUUUUAGAGAACAAGUGGAAACAUUUUUUUCAUGUUUUUUAACUAUUCAUACAAUAAUAAUUCCUUUAGUUAUAGUGAUUUUUGGAUUUUCUGUAAUUGGAUUACAUUUAUUAAGAGGAGUAACAGGUUAUAGAUGUGCCAAAGAUGGAAUAAUUGAUUUGAAUAUUAGAAAUCUUUGUGGAGAAUGGGAAUGUCCAGAUGGGUAUAUAUUUAUAUAUCAAUAUUUAGUUAUGAGUGCAUAAAUCAGUUUAAUUCUGAAGAUUUAAAUUAUUUAGACUUUUAUUAUGGGUAUUAUAAUUUUGAUACUAUAUAUGAUUCCUUUUUAAGUGGAUUUAUGUUUUUUAAUGCAACAGGUUGGUCACCAACUGUUUUUUAUUUUUGGAAAGCUGUAACUCCUCCAGCGACAGCAAUAUAUUUUGUUUUUAUGCUUUUCAUUUUGUAUUUCAAUCAUAUAUACUAGACAUUAUACUUUAUCUGAUUUAUUAUUGGCUACAUUAUACGAAUCAUUUCUUGUUAGUAGUGCAAUAAAAAAUAGUAUAAAAUCCAGUAAAUCUGAACUAUUUACUUAGAGAAGAAGGACAGUUACAUUAAUAAACAAUUAAAACAAAGCUUAAAUUAAUUUUCAUAAAUUGCAUAUGAUAUCAUAAAUUUCAUCAUAAAAUAGAGCAAAUUUAGUAACUCCAGCAGAGAUUUUACGUAAUGAAACAUUGAAAGAGAAAGAUGAAUCUUGUAUUAUUAAUAGAAUUAAAUAAUUUGAUUAACUAAUUAUCAUUGCAUCUACUAUUAUAUUAUGUGCAGAUUAAGUUGAAAAACGAAAUCAUCCAAAAGAAUAUUAUGCAGAUAUGGUAAUGAACUUCUUAAUAAUAAUAAUAACUCUUUUAAAAUUAAUUUUAUUUAAGAAAUCAAGAAGAAAAUUAUAUUUAAUAGUAGAUGCACUCUUAUCACUUGCAUUAAUUAUCGUGAUUGUAUUGGAAUUUUUAAAUUUUGAAAGCAAUGUGUUUAUUAUUAUUAAGGCAUUCAAAGCAUUUAGAGUCAUAAAAUUAAUAUAUAAAUUAGAAUACUUUGGAGUAAUUAGAUUAUUACUUCGAUGUUUAAUAGAAACAAUAAUUAAAAUUAGACAUCUUAUCAUAUUAUGGGUUAUUUUUGCAUUUUUAAUAUCCAUUAUAGGAUAAGAAUUAUUUGCUCAUUAUGUAAAAGGAUCAAAUGAAAUUGAAAUUCAUUUUAAUGGAAUUGGAAAUUCAUUAAUGGCUGUAUUUAAUAUUUUUUAUGCAGAAGAAUGGCAUGUAACAAUGUAUCAACAUGCAUUGUAUAAGCCAGUAUCAUCUUUCAUCUUUUUUUUAAUUGUGUUCUUUUUAUGUCAUACUCUUUUUAUGAGAUUAUUAAGAGCCUUAUUUUUAAAUGAAUUUGGAAAGAAGUUAAAUGAAUUAGAUUAGAAAUAUCCAUAAACAGAUUAUUUAUAAAGAGCUUGGUAAUAUAUAAAAAAUUCUUGUUUCUAAUAAGAAUCAAUCUAAUCUUCUUCUUAAUCUUAGAAUGAGGAUGACUCAAAAGCUCCUCUUUAAGAAACAAAUAAUAAUGGAAUUUCAAUUAAACCUAAUAUUAGUUAAAAUAAAGGUUAAAAUUAUAAAAGAAUAGUUGAACAUAAAAUAUUUAGAAUUUGCAUUUUAUUAGUUGUAACAUUAAGUGCAGUGAAAAGUGCUGUUUAAAAUCCUUUAACAGAUCCUAAAAGUGAAGAAAAGGUAAUAAAUUGAAUAAGUUUUAGAUGAUUCUUGAUGUUAUUCAAUAUAUUACUACAGUAAUCUUCAUCAUUGAAUUGAUUCUAAAUUGUUUGGCCUAUGGGAUAGUAAAAUUCAUAAAUCAAUCAUUUCUUAACAUUUUAUCUAUAAUAAAUAUUAUUGUGAAUCUAAUCUCAAUAGGAUUAGGAAAUCCUCCGUUAUUUAUUUUGACUUUAUUUGAUUCUCUAAGAGUACUAGCAUUUUUAAAAACUGGUGCUGAUUAAUAUCCUAUAUUAAAAUAAGCACUCUAAGCCUUAUUUAAUGCUUUUACUAAGAUGAUUUAAUUAGCUCUUUUUAGUCUCCUCAUAUUAUUAAUGUAUGGUAUUAUAGGAAUGUAACUAUUAAAUGAUGAAUUCUAUUAUUGUAGUCUUCCUGAAGGAAAUUCAUUAGAAUUACAUUUAUAAUCUAAGAUUGAUUGUUUUGAUAUAGGAGGUAAUUGGAUAAAUAGAACUCUAAAUUUUGAUACUAUAUUUUAAUCAAUAAAUAUCUUAUUUUGUGUUGCAACUUCAGAAGAAUGGAUUCCAUUAAUGACACCUGCAUGGUAAGCUUCAGGAAUUGGUCAUUAACCACAUCAUGAUACAAAUAGAUAUUGGUCAAUUUAUUAUUAACUAUUUUUCUUUAUUGGCAAUACUUUAGUUUUAGGAAUGUUUGUUACUUUAGUUGUUGAAACUUAUAUAAAAACAAGAGAAGAAUCAUGUAUAAAUAUUAUUAUUUAUAAAUAGAAAAUCUUCAUUUAUUGGAUGACAAAUAAAGAGAAUGGUUUCAGAUUAAGGAAUAAAUAUUGCAUUUAAAACCAAAGAAGAAAUUUAGGCCUCCAACUAUGUUUAUUUUAAAUUUGUUAUACAGGUUAUAUUAAUUUUUGUAGAUUCCAUUUUUAAUAGUAAUUUUAAGUAAUAUCAUUGUACUAAGUCUAUAUUAUGCAAGAAUGGGACAAGAAUAUGAAUAAGUUUUAGAUAAAAUCAAUUAGAUUUUUAUCUUUAUUCAAUUAUUUGAAAUUUUAAUAAGUUCAGUAUAAGUAACAGAUUACAAGUUUAAAAUAUAUGAAAUUUUUGGAAUCAUUUUAAGUGUUAUUUCUAGCUUUUUAGAUUAUCAUAUACUUCAUGUAGUAUCAGUUGCAUUUCAAGUUACAAGAAUAUACAAAUUAACUUAACAUUUUAAAUCAAUACAACAUUUAUUUCAUGCCAUAUUUGCUGUUUUACCUAAUACAGCUUCUAUGCUUUUAAUAAUGUUGGUAGUCUUAUAUUGUUAUACUAUUGUUUCUUGUGAUUUAUUUGCUUAUUUACGUCCUUAAUAAUCAAUAAAUGGAUUUGAUAUGCAUUUUAGAGAUUUCUGGGGUGCUCUAAUGACUCUAAUUAAAGUAUCAUCUGGUGAGAAAUGGUGGGUUGUAAUGCAAGAAACAACAUUACAAUAAUCACCAGCUGUUGCCUGUAUAAAUAUUGAAUCAUAUGAUGAAUUUUAAGAGAUUGGAUUUAAUGGGUGUGGAUCAAAUCUUUCUUAUUUAUUUUUUAUUUCAUUUAUACUUGUAUUCUCUUUAAUGAUUUUGAAUCUAUUGGUUGCAAAUAUCAUAGGAGCAUAUGAACAAUAUCAUAAAAGUGAAUAGAGUGCUAUUUCUAAAUAUUAAUUAUUAGAUGUUAUGGAAUUAUGGUCAUAAUUUGAUGAGGAUGGUGAAGGAUUUAUAAGUUAUAAACUAUUUUGGAGAUUAUCAUCUUAAAUAGCUAUAAUAUUUGGUUUAGAAUAGUCAGAUUUAUUGGAUGUCAAUAACAAAAAGAAAUUUUUAAAAGCUUUGAAGAUUCCAAUUUAUGAAUUAGUAGACUCAAAUGUCCUUUGUUAUAGAUUUCAUGAUGUGAUUGUGAGUUUAACUAGGAUUUCUGUGACUAUCAAAUAUGGAGUAGUUAAUUUAGAACCUGAAGACAAAGAUAUACAUCAAAAGGUAUAUGGUAAUAAACAUUCUCAUGUAGAAUCAAAGUUUAGAGAAACAACAUUAAAUAGUGGAGAUAUGGUAUAUAAUUUAUAAUUAUAACUAGGUGUCUAUUAUUUUUAUUUAACAAAAGUUUAGAGAAUGGAAAUAAAGAUCCCUUCUUAAAAAUACUAUUAUUUUGGGUGGAAUUGGAGAUUAUCGUAGUUUAAUCAAAAUAAAAUCAAAAACACUAAGUGAAAAAAUACAUUAGUAGGCGAGUAAUGAUAAUUGA